AUGCUGGUUUUUCGAUUCCUGUUUAUUGGUUAUCAGGUAAAUGAAAAUUGUUCACAGGUAAUGGAUCAGCAGGAGGAGGUAAUGGAAGCAAGUACUUCUGAAGGUAAUGAGGCUCCAAAGAUGAAAAUCUCUUUUGGUGUCAAAAGAACUAAAACUGUGCAGUUGAAACAAACUGUAUCAGCUGUUGUUGAUGUGCAAAUUGAUAGUGAUGAAGAGCGAGAGCUAGAAGAAGAAGAAAGCAGAAACAAGAGACGCAGGCUUACCCAUUUUGAGGAUGGCGGCGCACCUGAUGAUGAUGACAAGAAGAAGAAGACUAUCGUGAUACCGAUGGUAAAGGAAGUUGACUGGAGAGUGGCUAAGCUUCUAGCUCUCGAGAAAGAAGGCAAGCUUACUGACGAAGAUCGAGCAAAGCUUGCAAUUUUGACAGAAGAACAGCCUUUUGCCUCAACAAAUGGUUCUACAAAUGAAAACGGCGCCAUAGUCAUUGAAGAUGAAGCGAAGACUACGGAGGAUGCUGAUUAUAGCGCUGUGCCGAUAGAAGAGUUCGGAUUGGCCAUUUUGAGAGGAUGUGGUUGGAAAGAUGGUGAGGGAAUUGGUCGACAUCCGCAGGUAGUACCUCUGCGCUUACCUCCUAGACGUCCGAAUGGCCUUGGCCUUGGAGCCAAGCCUCCACAGCCCGAGAAAAUUGCAAAGAAUGCAAAUGGUCAGGAUCAAGUAGAGGAAGAGAUAAAAAAGGAUUCUCUGAUACGGGUAACUACUGGCCGAUUCAAAGGACAGUACGGUAAAGUCGAGUCUCGCGACGACGACAAUAACAGUUUAUUUAUACGUUUGGCUUUGGGUGGACAACAUGUUAAAAUCAGUCUCUUUGCUGUGCAGCAAGUUACGAAGAAAGAAUAUGAUAAAGAUAGCAAGUGCAUAAAUAAGGACGAUUAUGAUCGAGAGCGUGACAAAAUUGAGAAGAGAAACCACGAUGUCACACGAGAUACAGAUAGCCGGAAGUACAAAGAUGACCGCAGAGACCGCGAAGAAAGAUCGAAGGAUAGGUAUCGGGAAAAGGGCGAGAAGCAUAGGGAUCACAAAGAAGAUGAGCUUUGGGUGCGAGCUGAUCUUCUAGUCAGAUUUGUCGACGAAAGUUACAAAAAAGGCAAAUAUUUCAAAGAGAAAAUGCGUGUGGUCGAUGUAGCUUCACGCAAAGAUAUCUCACUUGAAGACUCUCACGGGAAAAUGCAUUAUGGUAUACGGCAAUCUUGGUUGGAAACUGUGCUACCUCGUAUGGAAAACUCUAGAGUGAUGAUUGUUCGAGGUAAACAUAAAGGACAUGCAGCUACCAUGGAAGAGAAGGAUAAAAGCCGAUGUCGGGUCGUCGCUAGAUUAUUGUCAUCUAAUGAGAUCAUCAACGUGGACUUCGAUGAUGUCUGCCAACACCAACCCAAAGAUGAUGAUGACGAUGAUUAUUGAGUUUGUGUGUACAAAGAAUAAAUCCAUUCUACACAC